AUGCUUCGACGCCAAAGCACACGCGGCAAGGGAAAGGAGAAAGUUAGCGACAAUGAACCGCCGGAAGACCCCCCGUAUGUCGCGUGGAUGAAAGAGCAGCAAAAGCAGGGGAAGCCGUCCCCAUCCAUCAAGCGUCUUGCAAAGCCCAUACGCGAUUUUGCUGGUGCCAGCACUAGCCGCGGUCCCCGGCAUGACGACACCGAGACAAGAGGCGACACGGACGUUAGCGACGACGAGCUCGAGGAGAUCAUGUCGGAAUCUGAGAGUGAUGCUGAUUCCGAUAAGCUAGCAAAGGAUUGGACGGAAGAGGAGGUUAAGAACGUGUUCAGUGUGAUGGCGGCGAACAAAUCCCCAAGGAAGGACGGGUUACCGAACGAGUUGUUCCAGGCCCACUGGGACCUACUAGGGAAGGGCUUCAUGGCCCUAGCAAAGGUCUUUGCAACAUCUGCAGUUCUCUCAACAGAGGUUAAAGAAGCGGUUAUGAUACUGCUUCACAAAAAAGGUGAUAAAGACCAGUUGAACAACUACCGUCCUAUCACGCUGCUCAACUUCACUUACAAGGUGCUGGCAAGGGUGGUUGCGGAUCGGAUGACGAAGGUGCUGUCCAAGGUUAUCUCACCGGAGCAGUACGGCUUCUUGUUGGGUAGGCGGUUAACUGAUGCACUUGGUCUGGUCGCUGACAUCAUCGAUACGGCUCGCAACAACAAUGAAGACUGGUUCCUUCUUUUGUUUGACUUCAGAAAAGCCUUUGACUCUGUCUCACGAGGAUACCUCUUCCGGACGCUGCGAUCGAUGGUGUUUCCGGAGCGGUUAGUAAGUUGGGUGGAAGGCCUGCACAAGGGAACACAGGCGAGACUCUUAGUCAACGGCUGGAUAGGAGUGGAAGUAGUGUCCGGAGUCAGACAAGGCUGCCCAUUGGCUUCGUACCUCUUCCUCUGUGCAGUUGAACCGCUGGCACAGCUGGUCAUCAAACGGAAGUUGGGAAUCAGCAAGGCAGGGGAGCGCUUGGCGUACAUCGGCCAUGCAGACGACAUCACUCUGAUCCUGGAAGGGAAGGGGCAGCUGAUCAGGGCAGAGCAGGUGCUAGAAAAGUUUGAAUGGACGUCGGGCAAAUCGGGAAAAAACAGUUGUCUUACCCUUGGGGAACAACCUCGGUCGGACGACAGGCCGGACGCACAGUUUUAG